AGGAUGGCUGCCUACAAAGUAAGCACCCUAUCCUUUAUACUAUUUCCAGCCCUAAUCGUAUUCUCUUUUAGGGUGCAAAUAUGCAGAGCAAUAAAACCUUUAACUUGGAGAAGCAAAAUCAUGCUCCAAGGAAGCAUCAUCAGCACCAGCAGCCGCAGCCGCAGCAGCAGCAGCCCCAGCAGCAGCCGCAGCAGCAGCCGCCACCACCAGCACCAAUACCUGCAAAUGGGCAACAAGCCAGCAGCCAGAAUGAAGGCUUGACUAUUGACCUGAAGAAUUUUCGAAAACCAGGAGAGAAGACCUUUACUCAGCGCAGCCGACUCUUUGUGGGAAAUCUUCCUCCUGAUAUCACUGAGGAGGAAAUGAGGAAACUAUUUGAGAAAUAUGGGAAGGCUGGUGAAGUCUUCAUUCAUAAGGAUAAGGGCUUUGGCUUUAUUCGCUUGGAAACACGAACUUUAGCAGAAAUUGCCAAAGUGGAGCUGGAUAACAUGCCCCUCCGGGGAAAGCAGCUGCGCGUACGCUUUGCUUGUCAUAGUGCAUCCCUCACAGUUCGAAACCUUCCUCAGUAUGUGUCCAAUGAACUGCUGGAGGAAGCAUUUUCUGUGUUUGGUCAGGUGGAGAGGGCUGUGGUCAUUGUGGAUGAUCGAGGAAGGCCUUCUGGAAAAGGCAUUGUAGAAUUCUCAGGGAAACCAGCUGCUCGGAAAGCUCUGGACAGAUGUAGUGAAGGCUCCUUCCUGCUAACCACAUUCCCAAGGCCUGUGACUGUGGAGCCCAUGGACCAGCUAGAUGAUGAAGAGGGAUUACCAGAAAAACUGGUUAUUAAAAACCAGCAAUUUCACAAGGAACGAGAACAACCACCCAGAUUUGCCCAGCCUGGCUCCUUUGAGUAUGAGUAUGCCAUGCGCUGGAAGGCACUCAUUGAGAUGGAGAAACAGCAGCAGGACCAGGUGGACCGCAACAUCAAGGAAGCUCGUGAGAAACUGGAAAUGGAGAUGGAGGCUGCUCGUCAUGAGCACCAGGUCAUGCUAAUGAGGCAGGAUUUGAUGAGACGUCAAGAAGAACUUCGAAGAAUGGAAGAGCUACAUAAUCAAGAAGUGCAAAAACGAAAACAACUGGAACUUAGGCAGGAGGAAGAACGUAGGCGCCGUGAAGAAGAGAUGCGGAGACAACAGGAAGAAAUGAUGCGGCGACAGCAGGAAGGAUUCAAGGGACCCUUCCCUGAUGCGGUAUAUCUCCCAUGUGCCCAUAAUAGAGAACAGGAGCUCCGAAUGGGCCAGAUGGCUAUGGGAGGUGCUAUGGGCAUAAACAACAGAGGUGCCAUGCCUCCUGCUCCUGUACCAGCUGGUACUCCAGCUCCUCCAGGACCUGCCACUAUGAUGCCAGAUGGAACCUUGGGAUUGACACCACCAACAACUGAGCGCUUUGGCCAAGCCGCUACAAUGGAAGGAAUUGGGGCAAUUGGCGGAACCCCUCCUACAUUCAAUCGAGCAGCUCCUGGAGCUGAAUUUGCUCCAAACAAACGUCGCCGAUACUAAUAAAAUUGUAUUGUCUAGUUUCCUUAAAACCCUAAAGAAAAGGACCCUUUUUGGACUAGCCAGAAUUCUACCCUGGAAAAGAGUUAGGGAUUCCUCCCAAUAGUUAGUUCCCUGCCUGUAGUACUCUAUUUUAGGGAAUAUGCUGGAGGCAGAGGGCAAGGGAGGGGAGAUCAUUACAAAUCAGUUCUAUGUGGUAUAGUUUUGUGUGGUGCAUUCCUGAACUCUCAUUUGAUUGUUGAGCCUAAGGGGGAAACAAUGACAAAAUGGAUCCAGUUAGAGCCCCGUUAAUCUUGAUCAUUCCAUUUGUCCAUCUUGUUCUAUUUGCUUAUUCAUACUCUGCAACCACAAAGACACUGCCACAUAUACCAUUAAAACCAAACAUUCCCCCAUGACCUUAGCCUCAUUGCUCCAUUCACUCCCAGGUGGGAAUUCCAGCAAGUGUCCACAGAGGUCACAGACAACAUAAGUAUGGUUCUGUUAUAUCCCAUGUAUUGCCCUUUCAUGUCCUAAUAAAAACAUUUCUCUUAGAGAUUUUUCAUUUUAGUA